AUGGCCCAGAAAACGCUCCUCCUACUCGGUGCAGGACCGAACGUUGGGGCUUCAACGCUGUCUCUUUUCAAGAGUGAAGGAUACAAGAUCGCUGCUGUUGCUCGCACAGUCAGACCGAAUGUUAAAGCGCAUGCAGAUUUGUGUCUGACCGCUGACUUCAGCGAUCCGGGCAUGAUAGGGGCCAUCUUCGAGAAGGUUGAGCAGGAAUUAGGAGUACCUAACGUUGUAAUCUACAACCCUUACUCCAAUGCAGCUUAUUCCUGGACUAGAGGUCCCAACCUUGCAAACCCAGUCUCGGCACUACUCAAGGAUUUCCAGAAAGAUCUCACAAUUAACACUGUGAGCGCUUACGCUGCUGCUCAAGCCGCCGUAGCCAGUUUCAGUAAGCUCCCUCAUGAUGCAAAAAAGACCUUCAUCUACACUGGAAACAAUGAUAACACACUAAUCACGCCUGAGUUCCUUAUGCUGGGGAUCGGGAAAUCUAGCGCUUGGUAUAUGAUUCAGACGUUGGUUGCUACCCCCAGCUUCGUAUCCAAGGGAUACCGCUUCUACUACGUUGAUGAGCGUACACCAGAAGGAAAGGCGAUGUUUCAUAUUUCGGGACCUGGUCAUGCAAAAUAUUUCCUGGAGCUAGCGGAGAAAGAUGGGCAGGGGGUGCCAUUAGCAACGUUUGUAAGGGGCAAAGGCUACGUGAAAUUCCCCAGUAAUGACAGGGCAGUACUCCCGCAGCUCGCUAUUGAAGACACAGUAGAUCCGAGCUAUAGAGCACCAGGGACGACAGAAGGGAAGUUUGGCCAUUGA